CACCGCCCCCCGGAACUCUCUAACUGAUCCGCCAUAUUCUCGAUCUGGCAAUCAAAUCUGACGCAUACCCGACAAUUAUUUACGUAAUUGUGCUAAUUUCUUUAUUCAGACGCCGAUAGUGAGUAUGACUAGCUGAGGUCCACCAGUGACCAACUGAGUACAGAUCACGAUUCUCCGUAACCGAAGGACACACAGAAAGUGCCAAAAUGGCUAAUAUGAUGCAGACGCGCCGCAAACUCAAAAACACAAUUAAAAAUUAUUCCGAAGCCCAGAAAAAGGUGCGAGAUGCGACCAGUAAUGACCCGUGGGGUCCGUCAAGUACACUUAUGUCGGACAUUGCAGAUGCCACAUACAACGUCAUGGCAUUCGGUGAAAUCAUGCAAAUGAUUUGGAAGAGAUUAAACGACCAUGGGAAAAAUUGGCGGCAUGUUUACAAAUCGCUUGUGUUACUCGAGUACAUUCUUAAAACGGGGAGUGAAAAAGUAGCACAACAAUGUAAGGAGAAUAUAUUUGCGGUGCAGACACUAAAGGACUUUCAGUACAUGGAAGACAACAAAGACCAGGGUAUGAAUGUGCGGGAAAAGGCGAAGCAACUGGUCUCCUUACUGCGGGACGACGAACGGUUGAAGAAUGAACGAGCAAAGGCACUGAAGGCGAAGGAACGAUUUGCACAGAAUUCGAUGGGGAUUAGCAGCAGAGGAGGAGAACAGGCAGGGGCAAUGUUUGGACGGGGUGCAAGUUCUGGCUCUGCUCCGUCACUGAGUUCAGGUGCCGGUGGUUACUCUGAUCCGUAUGGAGGUGCUACCAGUGAGGAGCGGAGAGAUGAUACGGAUGACGGGGCUUCGAGUGAACCAAAAACAGAUGCUUCAGGACGGCGACUCUCGGCCGAUUUGGAGCAAGCCAGACCAAGCACCGCCGGGGAAGAAGAGCUUCAACUACAACUAGCAUUAGCUAUCAGUAAGGAGGAGCAUGACCACGCUGAACAAGAGAGGCGAGGGGAUCAAGUGCGACUACAGUUGGCUGUGGAGGAGAGUGAAAAGAUGGUUGAUCCACCACAGCAAAGUAGGAGGCAGGCGCCUCAACCCACUCAACAAAAGAAACCGACAUUGGUAAACCUGAUGGACAGUGCCCCAGCACAGCCAGUCCAGCCUCCAAGUGAACCAUGGGGAAUCAGCCAGCCUGCUGCCCAAUCUGACCCAUGGGCCCCCCAACCCUCCAGCCAAGGAAUAAAUGAUCCUUGGGGAUCAGGAGGUGCACCGAAGCCGGAUCCAUGGACUCACAGUUCCGGUCAAUCAACGCCACUUUCAACUCCAGGUCAGCCCACUGAUCCCUGGGGUCCCCCUGCUCCUACUUCAACUGCUAGUAAUCAUUCUUCACCGUGGAGUUCCCCAGCCAUGGGAACGUCGACUAAUCAUAGCCAGAGCGCCACAGGCUUUGAUGCGUUCGCUCCACAGCCUGCUAACCCAAUUGACGAUGGGUUUGAUAUGCUGAGUACACGGCCAGGAGGAAGUACAACAGCGGGAGAAGCAGAGUAUCAAUCUCAGAAUGGUCAAACUAGUAGUUCACCCAAUCCUUUUGACAUGAGAGGGGUAGGCGAGAGUUUGGACGACUCAAGGAAUCAAAGAAAAAAGCCUGAAGAUUUCCUAGGAGCCAAUAAAAAUCUUGUUAAUUUAGAUAAUCUGGUGGGGCGACCUCAGUCGGUUUCACCUUCAGCUGCGAUGAACCCAUUUAUGAGUGUGAAUCCGACACCCACAAGCCAGCCGAACCCCUUCGUAGCACAACAGCAACAACAGCGCGUGCCACUCAACCAGCUACAGGCUCAGUCAACGAUGGGUUUCACGCAACCUGCGCAGAAUUUACCGAAUCCCCUUAUACCUGUAGGGAAUCGGCCACAGCCUAUGAUGAGUGGGCAAGUGCAGGCGCAGAGUGGUUAUAACCCAUUUAUGUAGAGACACUUCGUGAUAACAUUGUCUGUGGGUCAUUUUGACAGCAGAUUUGAAAGUUUGUAGUAUCUUUGAAACGUCAGACGUUUUUCUUUGCGAGUUAACUUGAGGCAGUCUUGAAUGAAUGUUCGCCUGGUCAUACCUCUGUGCCAGUAAGAAUUUAUUGUUAUUUGAGGACAAACUGCAGACUUUAAUAUCAAACACAAGCAGAGCUCAAGUUGAUAAGUGAGAUUUUUUUCCUCGUUUUCUACCUACCUAAGAUAUUUCAUGUCGAUUCUACAAAUUGAUCAAAGCACUGUCAUUAUGACCCCAUUGUCUUAGGGUUUUAUUUCAUUCCAAGUUAACCUGGAUCUGAUGUGUAUUGUACACAAGGUUCUCAUACACAACGUGCUGGUAGUUGAUGUUCAUCUUAAGUUGGGAUGAAAUAAACUUCAUGUAUGCUUAUAGUAUACUAUGAGGGUUGAGCUCACUUUGCAAACUGGCAGAACUAAAUCAUAAUUCUUCUGUUUUCAAAUCCUUGUGAUAAAUGUCUAGUUUGACAUGCAUUGUGAUUUCAAAAUAUUUUGUACGCUGUUUUCGGCCAGUACUAUUAAGUAUAAAAAUCAUAAUAAUUUGAAGAGAUUCCUUUUGAACUACCAGAAAGAUUCCUUUCUGAAUUACCAGAAAGUGGUGCGUGAUUCACUGAUGGAUAUGCCCUUUGGCAAAGUGAGCUCAAGUCCAAAUUAAGGCAUCGAAUGGCAAGGACCAAGCCUUGUUCCUUCUAAAUGCGAUAAGACAAGAAAUCUUUGCUGAUAACCUUGCAAUCUGUGUAAAAGGAAGAGGCGAAAUGUGGCAUAAGAUUAAGGAUUGUGAUAGUUCACUAAUUAGAAGUCUUGGUUAUUGCCAUUCAUGCUGUCGUCCAAUGUAAAAUGCUCCUGAAAUAUUUUUUAAAGUCUAAAAUAUCAUUUUUUCAGUAUGUGUAUUAUAAAAUUGUACAAUGUAAAUCUGUUUUGUGAAGCUUUUCUUUAAUUGCAAAGUGCAAUGAUGAGUUGAGAUGCUUUUCAACGGAACCAUAUUUUUCAUGUCAGUGAUGCAAACUCUCAAGAAGAUUCAUCUCAAGAAAGUCUUUGAAUGUUUUCAGCUGAAAGAUUUCUUCAAGUUUUAAGAUUAAGAUAAAUAUGAAUGAACUAUUGGCAAAAUUACGAAAGUGAUAGGAAGCUAGAAGGAUGGUAAGCAUACAGACCCGUGUAAUGUGCAGCUUUAUCGCAAAUUGCAAAUUUAAAAUAUUGCGUAAAUUUGGCGAUUCACAGUAGGAAGUAGCUGGGCCUAAAAUUGUACACUCUUAAUCCAUUUACGGGUAUUCUGAAGAGCAUGAUGUGUGGUAUUUUGACAUGAAGACUUUCGGUCAUGAGGUAGAGGUAUUAACAAUAAAGUUCUCGGUAUUAAGUACUGCAAAUAGUGAUAACAUUACUAACCUGACCUAAAGAUGUACCGCCAAAACCCCUUACUUUGUUGAUUUCUUGAAGUAAUUGGUUUUGAUAUGACCCAAUGUAUUAGUCCAUACUGUAAUAACUGAUUAAUGUUUGUAUAUAUACCAAAGGAAGAAUGCUUUGUUGUCAGCUUGAAGUAGAAAACAUUUUUGGGUAACUAGCACCUGAUCUUGAGGGACUGCCUCAAACCUAUGUGAUGUGUAGGUCUCGGGAGUAUGUUGGUCUCCACCCUCCCCCCAUGCAGACGAUAAAAAUAACACCUUCGAGUCGUGUUGGACACAGCGUGAGGUCUGUGUUUUCUGCGAAUGAAGGCAAAAUGUACAUUUUUUUCCCACACCUCCUAGAUGUGAUCAGUAAUGUACAUGCACAGUGUCUGUUUCUUUGUUUCAUUGUGUCGCGUAGUUUUUUUGGCAGUGCCUGCAUGCACUCUUAAAAGUGACUGCAGAACUAAAAUCAUGCCUAAAUUAAUUCUUGGUCUUGUAAGUUAAAAUUCAGCAGAAUGCUUAACCGCCAAAUGCAGAGUCUGAUUUCAGUGACUCAAAUCAUGCAAGUUGAGUAGAGUCUAAUACAUGUGCACAUGAGAGGCCUCGAUUACACGUGCACAUGAGAGGCCUCGAUUACAUGUGCACAUGAAAAGCCUCUAUUAGACGUGUACAUGAGAGACCUCAAUUGCAUGUGUGUCUAAUUAUGAAUAUUAGUUAAUUAUGUAUCAAAGCAUGUUAUGCUUGUUGAUAGAUGUGUGGUAGAUUUGUCUGCUACGCUUUUUACGCUGUAGAUCACAUUGCUAAAGAUCCCUAUUUUUCUGUGAAUUCUCGGAUCGCCUUUGUGGUGUCGUGUAUAUUGUGAAAUUGUUAGCUGUUCCAAACAUUGUAAAGUUUGUUGUAACUCCACAAUGCCUCAGUUGCUGGUCACAAAUAAAUACCAUAGACCUUCUAAAGAAUGCCCCUGUGUCGAUUGUGUACUUCCAUUCAGAUUGCUAAGCAACUGACAUCAUUUCAAUAUCUUGCUAAGUUUAUCUGGCUUUGAACAUCCAUGGACUGUGUUCUCUAAAGGCAAAAACGAGAAGAAAUGAAUACAUGGGCAUGAUACAUAUACAGCAAAGUUUAGAAAGUUUGAAGGAGCCAUCUUGUAUAUAAAUUUGCGAGAAGUCUUUGGUAACUUGUUAAGUUGCCCAGUCUUAUGUAGAACACUAUUAGAAAGAAUGCUUGGGAACAUGCUUACUCUUUAGCAUGACAUUACCAAUUUUUUUGGCCCUUUUUGUUAAUAGUGCUAAAACAGUUUUAAUCUGCACAGCAUGUACAGUUGGAUGAAGCAUUUGCAAUGAAGUUCUUCAUAUUUUUUACUUACAUAACGUGGCAAAACUUUCAUUUGCAACAAGUUUAAGUCCGCUAUUUCAUAAUUAAGAACAAUAUGUCCAUUUUCCAUUUGCUUUCUGUUCGUAUUCAAUGACUUCGUGAAUGGCCCGGUCUUUUUUACUCCUUAUUUAUUCCAGCACGACACACUUUGUAAAGACGAGCACGAAACUGAUCUUUAGCAAUGAAUUGGUUCCCUGUAUCACAUGUACAUUCAUAUUUAUGCUCUCAUGAUUUGAAACUUGACUAUAUCAAUGCACAUAAAUACAUUUUAUGUUCAAAACUA